AUGAGCAAUUUGAGAGAAACAUUCUGGAUUCUUUCAGGCAGAGUAGCGGUACGGUCAGUUAUAAAUCGUUGCUCGGUAUGUAAGAGACACAAUGUGAAGAAAUUAGUAGCUACUAGUGGUGACUUGCCGACUGAACGUGUCAAGGAUGCUAGAGUCUUUCAAGUAACGGGAAUCGACUACAUGGGCCCCCUGUUUCUAAGAAAAUCACAGAAGGCGUGGAUCUGCUUAUUCACUUGCGCUGUAUAUAGAACGAUCCACCUAGAGCUUGCCACUUCUCUUUCCACAGAAGCUUUUUUGCAGGUUCUACGUAGAUUUAUCGCGCGAAGAGGAAGACCUUCGAUAAUCUACACGGACAACGGGACAAAUUUCGUUGGAGCCCGUAAUCUACUCCACAAAAUUGAUUGGAACAAAGUACAACAAUUUAGUUCAGCACAACAAAUAGAAUGGCGUCUCAAUCCUCCUUCAGCUGCCUGGUGGGGAGGAUGGUGGGAGCGCUUAGUCAAAAUAGUAAAGGAUCUACUCAAACGGACUCUAAAGAAAGCGUGUUUGUCCUACGAGGAGAUGAGCACAAUCUUAUGUGAUUGCGAAGCUAUUGUUAAUUCACGUCCGCUCACGUACCUUGCCGAGGAUCCAACGCAGUUAAUACCGUUGACGCCUAUGAUGUUUUUGCUGGAGACUUCUCAAAACGAGACACCGGAUCUGGAUAAAUUGGAAGUUAAUUUGAACAAGCGGAUGCGAUACCGUCAAAGUCUACGGAACGAUCUAAGGAAACGUUUUCGCUCAGAAUAUCUGGGACAACUAUCUCGGCGUAAAGUCAAGGGCAGCCGUAUUUCAGUUAAGGAAGGAGAUAUUGUUCUGCUGGGCCAAGAUAAUUUAAAGCGGCUGGACUGGCCGUUGGCCCGAGUAAUCAAGGUGUUUCCAGGAAGAGAUGGCGUUACCAGGGUGGUCAGAGUCAAGACUGCCAUGGGCGAACUUGUACGACCGAUCCAACGUUUAUACCCACUUGAGAUGUCUUCAACGACGAUGGAAGCUACGGAGAGAUUGAUUGACGAAACGGACCAGACCAAAGAGGAGAAUGGCAGAGUUAUCCCACAAGACACUUCGACGCAGACCCGUACCCGAAGCGGUAGACUUGUGAGAACCCCUGACAGAUACGGGAUCUAA